CACAUUCGCAGAAGCUGAUCUGUGCUGCUGGGUGCGCCAUAUUGGUUGGCUUACAUGGGGAGUGGAGUUGGGUAAGCCGUUUGAAAAAUCAAAUCAGUUUCCAGGCAUGAAGUGUUUCGAGGAUAUCAAGUAAUUUUAACGGUGUGGAAUUAUCUGUGUCCUGUGGUGCGAAGUGUUUAAUUUGCCAAAAUCGGCCGUCAUUUCUCUGUGGAGAGGUUCUCGUUGAAGUCGACCCAUGGAUCUUAGGACCGCUUGGAUUCAGCCGGAGCAGCAGGGACCUGCCAAUUCCCUGUGGAUGCACAUUUGGGAAACCUCUCAGGGAUUCGGGGCAAACUCUGGCAUCGACAACCACCUUCACCAUCAACGCAACUUUGCAGUACAAAAUGCCAACUCCACGGACACACGCGGUGACUACUACAAAAACGCCGCACCGCCGCCGGGAGGUGUGUUUGGAAAACUAGCGAAGCGAGGCGGCGGCGGCGGAGAGAGGGGAAGUGUCCGGAGGAAAGGCUCGUUGUCGCCGUCCUCCUCCUCUCUGGACUCGGAGGCCGAGAGCUCGUCCCCCUCCGGCUCCUCUCUCCACAUCGACAACUUGAACGUCGCAGAGGAGGCCCACCGGUUUUUGCACUACGGCGAACACGAGUUGAACGAGAACAAUCUCAGGCGGCAACAUCCCCCUCCUCCUAUUCACGCUGUUCAGCACCACUGUCGCAGCAUGCAACAACCUUUCGGCCACACCCCCAAUGGGAUGAAAAACCAGUACGGGAGCAAGCACCACCACAACCACCACCACCAGCAGCCACACUCAUCCGGCCGCAGGAGGCAUCUGAACAGGGCCAACACUUUCCACGGCAUCAACCCGCUGCUGUCCUUUGGCUGCAAUGGACACUCAGUGGACUCAACCUGCAGCCUGUGGAAAACCCGGCGCUACAGCCCAGGCAUUAACGGGUGAGGACACAAAGAGAUUUCACUGUCAAGUCACUAUGUCCCCAAAGGAUUUUCACCAGUUAACUAAAAUGUACAUUUUGUCCACGUCCCUGUCUUUCAAGGACCAUUACACCACACUUGGGAGAAAUUAUCAGAAUAGUCCCCCUUCCCCCAGGGUACUGGAUGGAAAUAUAUAGAAAGCUUUAUUCAGAAUUCUUACAUUAGUUUCUGUGACUAAGGGCGGUUGCAUUCCACACUCUUAGCCAUUUUCUAUAUAUACUUCCAACUUACACUCUUGUUUCUCCUCACAGGUAGGCCCAGUCCCAACACCGCACAUGAAGUUUAAUAUGCAUCUUAUCCCUUUUUUUCUUGUUUACUUACAGGCUUCAUGAAGAAAUAGUGGACUUUUUCAGCUUCAUGUCACCGCGGCCAGAAGAGGAGGCCAUGAGAAGAGACGUAGUGAACAGGAUAGAAAAUGUCAUCAAGGACUUGUGGCCCACAGCUAGGGUGAGUGUGCAGAGGUUUGGUAAGGUAUCUGAAGCUGUUUGUGAUCAUGAUGCUCAGUUCUAUGAUGAAGGUCCCUUUUGACCUGGCUUAACGCCACUUUUCAGAUUUUCCACAUCCUUCAAAGACAGAAAAGCCCUCUUGUACCAAAGAGAUGGACAUGGUUGAAGCCGAUAACACCGGUCGAUGUAAUCAACUGGUUCAGCAACCUCAUCAGUGCAGCUGUGAAGUAGAGCACUGAAGAGCCUCUGAAUCUAUUAGUUAUAAUGCAGUUUAUUGAAACAGUCAGAGGUGAUUAUUGAACUUUGGAGAUAUUUAAGCUGUGGACGUGAGGCUGGGCGUCUUAAUCUAAUAUUUUACAUUCCUAACCAUCAGUACAUCCAUUAGUUUGCCAUCCAUAUAUACUGUGUCUGUCCACACUGAGGUCAGUGUUCUAAUUAACAGCACAUGUACAGGAAAAGAGUUGAGCAGAUGCAAUGGUUAGGUUUGCCACUUGUAGUCCCACAUUAACAUGAGUGAAUAAUUUUCCAUUGAGUGUUGCCAACAAGCUGCUGAGUGCAGUACUUCUAAGCAAAUAUAAAGAUUUUUUCUCUCUCUCUCUCUCUUUUAGUUUGACACUAUAAACAUUGGGCUGAUAAUAGCCUUGAGAAGUCCUGCAGGGCCUCACUCUAAUUUUCUCUCCAAAGACCAAUUUGUGAAUUUUCUUUUUUUUUUUCUUCAAAGCUGUGGCAGUGGUCCCAGAUCCAAAAAUGUCACAUAUGCAUCGUUUCCCCACAUAAUGCCUCUUGUAGUUAUUUUUAAUAUUUUGAAGACUGAUCAUGGAGUUAAUGGUGCUCAGCUGGCCCGGUAAAACCAACCAUGGUUAUUAGUAGUUUGCUGGAAAACUCAUUUAGUGAAUAUAUGUGCAGACUUGUAAACCUAUUUUACUCAAAUAAACGAGAUUUCGAUUGUACCUGCAAAAACCAUGUUUAGCGCAGACUUUUAAAUAGAAGCAGCCCACAAAAGACAUGGUUUUCUGGUACAUGAGUGUAAGUGGUGGCGUUUUCUUUUUUUUUUUUUCUCCUUUUUUCCCCAAGUGUAAUCCUGCUAACAUGAGCCUUCAAUCUCUGUAAAGUCCCCCAUAUUCAGCCAUGAAGCAGUGUUUCUUAACCUUUUAGCAAAACUGCCAGUGAACACAAAGACCAGAGUGGUAAUCCUUGAGCAAUCAAACAGAUAAAUGUCCAAGUGAUGUGUUUUGGCAUAAAUCAGGCUUACAUUAAUUUGUUUCGCUUUUCUCUGCAGGUGGAGAUAUUUGGCAGCUUCAGCACAGGACUUUAUCUUCCAACAAGGUAAAAAUUGUGUCUCUUCUUGUACAGCUUGACCUUUUACAUGAGCCUCUUUUCAAAUGUCCGAUUAUCAUGUCAGUGUAAGCAAGUGGGAGCACUUUUAAGUUGACAUGUUCAUUUUUGCUGUGGAUUUUCAGUAAUAUGAUUUAGCAGGGUACUUUCUGUGACUGUUCAGCGGCAUAACUUGACCCUGGUACAUUUUGUUCAAAGCUUCAGGCUUGAUCAGAAAAUUACGUUUUUUUUUUGUUUGUUUGUUUGUUUGUUUUUUUUUGGGGGGGGGGGGGGUAAUAUUCAGCAUGUGUAAGAGCAUCUAAGAUAGACAACUUAAAUGAAUCUUGAGAGGUAAUCAAGUUGUUAAAUCCAAAAGUUACUACAACAUUGCACUUCUGUAUUCACCCUGUACUCUUUAAUCGGGCUAAACCCUAUGAUCAAACAUAUUUUUGAGUUGCUACUAGAUCUUCAUAAAGACCAUAUCAUGAACACAUUUCCCGAUGACUGCUCUUCUUUUAAUUUAUCAGAGUACUUGUCCAGUGAGUGAUCAAGACCCUGCAUAAAACUUACAGAUAAAAUGCCCCCACUCCACAGCAGAACUGAUUUUUGUGUUAAUCUGAAGCAUUCACUUAGUUGUGGAAAGUUUAAUCACUCUUCUGUUUGUUUGUAAUGUGUUUGUUCCUCCUCUGCUGUGUUCAUCUGGUCCAGAACACUACAGGUGUCUUGUUUGUUCACAGAGCUGUCAGUCAUGAUGUGGUACUGUCUUAUUUAAAAUCAAAUAACUCAGAAAGCAAGCAGUCAGCUUAAUAAGAACACACUACCAAGACAGAACCAUGUUUGAGACGCAUUUAUUUGAAGUGUUUAUAAUCUUUAGGUUUGGCCUCUGCGUCAUCUGUUAACAUUUCAAGGGAGGGUUUUUACGACUCUUACUGCAGGCAGCAGUAUAGAUCAGCAGUGGGAGCUCUAAACCUUUAAGCUUCAAGUUGGAAAAGAUGGUUGUGGUUGUAAGUUUUAACCUGACCAUGUGUUUUCAGUCACUUGGCCUUCACAGGAGUGGAUCGAAUACUCCUUGGAUGAACAUUUAGUGGUAUCAAAAAAUGUUCUGCUUUUGUUUUCAGUGACAUUGACCUGGUGGUGUUUGGAAAAUGGGACCAUCCCCCACUACAGGAACUGGAACAAGCCCUGAAGAAACACAAUGUGGCCGGCCCUUAUCCCAUUAAGGUCCUCGACAAAGCUACAGUAAGUCAUGAGGAGCUCAGUGUGUGUCUUUGCUCUAACAACUCACAAGAUUAGAUUUGCCACGUUCAAACUAAAAGUGUCGUGUCAAAAUAUGUUUUGAUGGAUCUGAGAUGUUGACGCUUGAUUUUGGAAUUUCCCCUCGUAAGACUAAUAAAGGAACAUCUCUUAUUUUAUGUGUCCUCAGGUGCCAAUCAUCAAGCUCACUGACCAUGAAACAGAGGUGAAGGUGGACAUUAGCUUCAAUGUUGAGACUGCUGUCAAAGCAGCACAGUUCAUCAAAAGCUAUCUCAAAGUAAGCCUUUAGAAUUUAAACCUUUUUAUCACAAUUGUGUCUUUUUGUGUGUUUUCUUUACUGUCAAUGUUUCUCUGUCUUGUAGAAGUACACGGUUCUGCCACCGCUGAUAUUUGUCCUGAAGCAGUUCCUCCUGCAGAGGGAUCUGAAUGAAGUCUUUACGGGGGGAAUCAGCUCUUACAGCCUCAUACUGAUGGCCAUCAGCUUUCUGCAGGUACACAAAGCUUAUCAUGCUACAUCUGAAAUACUGUAGAUCUAUACUGAGUACUUCCUUUUGCUUCUGAACAAAAACUGAGAGAAAUGGACACAAGCUUUGUCUGUUUUUAAAGUUGAAAUCGUUUUGUGUUCGUCAUGAAUCACAUCUUUUCUUUCUCAAAACACCUCUCUCAAGUUUUAAAUGCACCUGCUUUGAUUUGUCAGUGAACAGAUUUUAAGACGGUCUGUUACUCUGUUGCUAGGUUUGAAUCGGUAAAAUUUUGAACAGCUGAUCUUGACCCAGAUCUUGCUUGCGUUUCCGUAGCUACCUUUAGGCACUUCAGAACAGCUUGAUUUUCAUUCCAGCAUGCAUCCUAAAAACAUAUUAGACCAGUCGGACCCCCUGUGUGAGUAAAUGUAGAACGCAGUAGGCUUGUUGUUGUGGGUAUUUUUUAAGCUUCUUCGUGAGUCAUACAUGAAUCUUGGCUUAAACACAUGGGUAAUAAAUACAUUAAUGGCUGUAUUGGCUCCUUAGUAGAGAUAUAUAUUGCAAGCAUUAAAACAGUUCAUGGCAGAAAGUUUUCAAAGCAUUAGUUUGAUCCGUUUGCCCUGUGGACAGACUUACCUUUUGUUCACACAACUCCUUUUUUUUUUUUUUUUUUUUUCAAAGUUAUGUCUCAGACAGUUAUUAAGCAAAAGAAGUCAAUUGAAAUCCUCCUUGUUCAAGCAUACUCUGAAUGUCUGUUGGUACGCUGUGGUAAUUAUUUUAGAAGUUCAGGUUACAGGAAGUAUUUCUUCUUUUGUGAUCUUUCCCUGUGUUUCCAUCUCAAUGUCUAAGUGCAAAGAAGCACCCAAUUUUAAGCAAGACUGUUUCAUGAUGAGACCAAAGCUGUCACAAAACCUUCUAUCUCAUAACUUACAGACGAUGAUUUACAGUGUGUGUAGCUCCACUUACACAAAGAGAUAUGGUGACAGCCCAAGGCUGCCAAUAAGGAAGGAUGGUGCAAACAGAUUCUUUAUGUUUGACAUUGGAAACGGGGAUAAUUGUGAACCAUUCUGUUCCAAACUAAUCCAGACCACCUGGUGGAAAUGCAACAUAUGUAUGGGUAAUGAGUUCUCUCUGUCCUGCUGAUCAUAGUUACACCCUCGGAUUGACACACGGCGUACCAACAUCAACCUGGGCAUCCUGCUCAUUGAGUUUUUCGAGCUGUACGGCCGUGAUUUCAACUACAUGAAGACCGGCAUCAGGGUGAAGAACGGAGGGGCUUACCUGUCAAAGGAGGAAAUGCUCAAAGCCAUGGGGAGCGGAAACAGACCAUCCAUGCUGUGCAUAGAGGAUCCAAUUCAACCAGGUAGGAAUCUAGGUGAAUGUAGUUGAGGUAUAGUCGAUAAAUUCAGAUGAAGGAAAACACAAUGGGGAGGUGUGGUUCACUCAAGUUCAUGAACAAAUUCAAGAGAAGUGAUAAAGAGACAGAAGUAGGAUACAGGUGUGUGAUUCACUGGGCCUGUUGUAACCAUGUUUUGAGUAUUUUUUGUGCCCCGCUCUGGGAUGUGACCUUCAUUCUAUACUUGUUAUUAUCCUCACAGGUAACGAUGUUGGCAGGAGCUCAUAUGGCGUCCUUCAAGUGAAGCAGGUGUUUGAUUUUGCCUACAUGGUCCUGAGUCAUGGUGUGUCUCCUCUCGCUCGUGCUUACCCAAACAAAGAGUAUGACAGGUCAGUUCCUAAGUCACCUUUUUUUUUCUUUUAGGAUGCACUUAAUUUGAGUAUGUCCUUAUUUACUCUUCCUCUCUGUGUUACAGUACUUUGGGUCGUAUAAUCAAAGUCAGGCCGGAGGUGUUGGCUUACAGGGACUGGACCAUCAAAAAGUGGGGGCUCAGGCAGUACGCCAAACUUGAGAAUCAUGGUAACUCUACGUGCAAACAAACCUCCUCCUGUAGCUUAAACUAAAUUUCUGGAUUAGUUCCUUUCAAAUCAGUUCAAUUUCCUUUUUUUUCUUUUAACAGCAGUGUUUUGUUUGGUUUUAGAUGUGGACACCUGUGAGCAGGACCUUGCAAGGCUGAUGCUGGCCUCUUCAGAGGAUCAGAGGGACACCUCCUCCCCUCUCAGCGCUGACUCCCCCUCUCUCUCUCCGGUCUUCCUCCCCAGCCCUCAGCACCACUCAUGUUCAUCAUCAUCAUCCUCUGCAUGCUCACUCUCCUCCUCCUCUGGAAGUGACAUUGUAAGCACUCAGGAUACAUUGCUUUUUAACUAGUUGGCAAGACAAGUGUUGAAUUACUUCACAGAGGUUCCCAACACUUAAGGAAACACAUAAUGCUAAUCAAUUGGCUGUGAAUUGAAAUAGUUGUUAUGCAUUUAUAUGGAGAAGUGAAAGGUGAUCUAAAUAACUCCUGAAAUGAAGAGGUUUCUCUCUCCCUCAUUCAGUUUUGUACAACAUUGUCUAUUCUGCAGGAGUCUGAUUCUCCACCCAGCAGUAACACUGCUAUUCAGCUCCACCCCCUCUCCCUGGCCUCAGUCCAAUCUGUAAUCCAGAUGGCUUCUGACCUGAGGGCCACACACUCAGCAGGCUUUACCACGCCUCAGGUAGGGUGAAUUUUUCUCAGCUUGCAAAAACUCGACAUGAACUUUUAAAAAUGUCAUCAGCCCGCUCUUUUUCUCUUCCCUAUUAUUAAAUUAAAAUGAAUCAUAUUUUUGUUCUGAUGAGUAAAUGGGCACUUGUAGAUUUUAAUGUUAACUCAUUUCCAAAUAAAACUUUCGACAGAGUUUUUAGCUCUGUUUCACCAGUGCAAUAGUCCCCACCUCUCAGUCCAUAUUGUCCAUCUCUUUCUUGGUCCAGAUCUCAUUCCCAGAGAACCUGACCAUCCCCCCACUCCCUGAUUGCCAUUUCUACCAUGAGAACCCGCCUUCCAUCACUGUCGUGCACCGCCACACUUCCCAAGCCGCACAGGUCUCCCAGCACACCAACUCCCAGAGCCCCCUCCACAGCCCUCUCCACCAGCUCCACCAUCCUCAGGUAGGAGGGCAGCAGCAGAGCCACCCUUGCAACAUGAGGUCUAACUCCCACGACUCGCUGGAGCCUCAAAAAGUGGGCUUUAAGCACAACCAUGGUUGCCCUCGAGGUCAAAACCACUCUCAAGGUAACUUUAGUCCCCAGUGUCGGUUCACUCAGCAGACAGGGGGUUUCAGGCACCAACAGCAUUUCAACCAGAACACCUGGAGGCGGAGAAAGAGGGACGAUCCACCACCUCUGGACCAGAGCAGAUGAAAGACUGACACUGCAUGACUUGACCUGGUUGGCAUUGGUUUUUGAAGGCCCAGAUCAGUGCACCAUGACAUUGUUGAGAAGCUGUGAAUGAGUCAUGAAACAUCAGAUCUUUUGUUGGAGGCUCCAGAGGCAGACCCAAUUCACCCUGGACUUUUGAAGUCAUUCAGAGUUGUCCCCGAUUGUGUGGAAUGAUCAUUUUGGCUUGCUUUGUGCAAACAAGACUCUGAAACAACCCGAAGCCUAAUCUCAGUCACUCACUUUGAUGGGAUUCAGAAGCCCUUCCUCAAAAUUUGAUGCACACCAGCACAAACUUUAAGUUGUUGGAGGGAAGAAGAUUUCCAAGACCAGAUUUUCGCAGCAGUUUCUCUCCCCAGCUGCCUAAAGAGUCUGUCUGGACAGCUGAAAAGUUCAGUCAAGUCUGGAGUUUCCAACAUCAGUUUUUUGAAAGCAACAUCACGUGCCAAACUGGUUUACUGAACCUGGUCUGUCUUGAAGUUUUGACUCUUGAUGAGCCGUUUUUAUCAGGUUUUGGGCUCAGUUGAUCUUUUGAAUGCAUCUCCUUAUCAGCUACGCUCUUUGAUUCGGAGCUCUUACAGCUUGGACUAUCAUCGACAAAUUGAACUCUGAAGUGAAGCGAAGCACUACCUUUCUACCUAUGCAGCGCAACGCUGACUUGAUGUUCUUGGUGUGAUGGCACAAAACGGACCUUGUCUCAAGUGCUUAAACUGUGAUGACUUAUUUGAAUGUACAAAGUGUUACCUUUUCUUUGUGUUUUUGUUCUCGUUUCUGUCACUGAGGAUAUUUUUCUUUCACAUUGGCACUAUUGUUUUCAUUUUGUCAACAUUACCACCUUAUUCUAUGUUUGUUGCGUUCAUGUGCAAUAAUGACUUGCUUUUAUUUAAUUUAUUUCACAUUUUUAGUUGUAUUUUUAGGGGCCUCCCUCAGUAUUAGUUUGCUUUUUUUUUUAUAUUUCUAGACUACAGUGCAAUAGAUGGAUUUAAGGGCCUUGAAGGAAUGUGUUUAUGUGUGUACAGCUUUCCAGCAGAAGGGGGAGCUAUGGUACAACAUGAGAAAUGUGCCAAAAAUCCUAUGAUGCCAAUUUUACUUAUUUAGUUUACCAUUGCAAUACAAUAACUUGAAUUUUUUCCAGCUGCCUAUCCAAAUGUUUUUCACCUCUAGUUGUUCAGUUACACUUAUCAAUAUUAAGUAGGUGUCAGCUUUCCUGUCAGACUUCCGGCUGUGGAGGAAAACUGCACCUUUUAAAAGUAUAUUUCAGAGAUAUUUGGUGCUACUUAUUACCAGCAAAGUGUUUGUUGUUUUGCCUUAGAUCUUCUUUGGAUUCUGUUGAAGCAACAGGUUAACUGCCUUCUUAAACGACCAAAUUUGCCCUCUUCCCUGUAAGUAGCCAGCUUUGUGUAUUUGUUUCUAUAAGCACUGCCAGGUUUGACUUGGCUUUUAUUUUCUACAUGCAGCUUCAAGCUGGAUGCUCUGGGAGUAGACCUGAAAAGUUCACUCCCACAGCAGUAAAUGAUUGUAAGCAUGUCACAUCUUUAUUUUUCUUUUUUAAAUUCAAAGUGAGAGUCAAAAACUGGUUGUAUAAGAGAUUUUCCUUUUCCCGUAUCAAAGACAAGGUUUCAUGAAGCUACAUUUAUCCAGCAAACCCUAUCAGUACUUAAGUGUGGGAUGUAACAGAUUCAUCAUUACAGGAGUUUUGGUAGAGCCACGAACAAAACCAAAACAUGGGUGAAGUCUUACAUCAUGAAAAAGUGCGAUAAUUUGACUUCAACGCAUACCAAACUGACUGACCCAUCACAAUACUGUCAGUGUUAUCCUCCUGUCUUCAGAGCAGCUUUUAUUAAGUUGUCUAGAGGAAGCGUGUUCCAUAAUUACAUACAACACACACACAAGCUCAUAUGGAUAGGUUAUGUGUAAAUGACAUAUAGAUGUAUACCUUGUUUUUCUAUGUAAGUUUUUCUAUUUUUUUAAUAAACAUUUUAAAACCUUAUUUACUGCUAAGUGUGUGUUUUUUGUGAUUUCUCAGAUUCAGUGUUUCGUACCUCCUUAUAAAAAGGUUAUUUCUUAAAAUUGGUUCACAAAAUGCCCAUGAUCUGACAGUAUACUUAUACUUGCCUUUUUUUUAGUUUUUUAAUGAUGUUUAAUUGAAUAAUAUUAACUAACUGGAAUGUAUGUCUUUUGCCACACGAGGGGUCCUGUUAGGUUAGUUUAUACCUAGCUCAAUUUCAUGAAAACCUUCCUUUUUCAAGCCUUAUGUUUGGCUUUGUAUGCUAAAAGUAGGAAACUAAGGAUCAUCACAUCUGACCUAGUGUAAUUCCUCUUACUCUCUGAUGGUGGCACUGUUGGAUUGUAGCUUGGCAUGUUUUCAUUUUAUCCAGCACCUUGCCCACUGUCUGCAGGGAAGCAGAGCAAGACAGGGAGAGCUCAAACAAAAUCAUUCCUCAGAGGCUUAAAUCAUCAGAGGGCUGGAACCAAUGUCAUUUUAUUGCCAUUAAAACGGAAGGGGGAAAGUGUCCUCAUGAGACCCUUUUUACCCUUUCUUGUCUCAAACUAGCUGACUAAGGCUUAAGUAAUUGAGACACUGCUGCCUUGUCGUCAUCUACGUUCUUGGAUCUGUUGUGAUGGAUGAAUAAAUAGUGGGGACACUCUGGCACAGGCCAUAGUUUAUAAUAUUAAAGGCUGCCUCUUUGUUCCUGGGGGAUAUAUUAACCUGAUUAGAUGGGCACGGCUGAAUUGAUCCAUUACUGAAAAUCUGCAGACACAAAUAGACAUGACGUGCAGCGUAUCCUCAUCCGCAAGGCCAGUCUUGCAAGUGCUCAGAUAAUAAAUCCAUUUGCUAUAGGGCUGUUACUGUAUACUAGUAUUGAUGGCAAACUUAUUUUUUCAAUAUGAAAUGGUGAUAUCAUGUUAAAAAAAUAAGCUUCCAGUAAUACCGUGUAAGUGUGUUGUAUGUAAUGGAAGGCAGUAGUGGUCACCACACUGGUUGCUACCCACCAUAAAACAGAAGAAAAACAAAGAAAAAUCAUGACAGGCAAGCUAGCUAGCUGAAGCAGACCUUUAAAUGGUCAGACACUUUUAAAACUGAUGUUCAGAGAUUUAUUUUGAAUAAGGAAACAACAAAAUGUCAAAAUAAAUGCAUCACUACAGUAAUCUCACGAGGCAGUAAUGAAGCUAAUGGAGGAUCC